AUGAGACGAUGAUGGCCCUGUGGAGAGUGCAAGCCCUGCCUGAAACAGACCUGCAUGAAGUUCUACGCGCGUGUCUGCAGGAGCGGCUCGGGACUGGUUGGCCACCAGCUCGAGGAGUUCCUGAACCAGAGCUCCCCCUUCUACUUCUGGAUCAACGGUGACCGCAUCGACUCCCUGAUGGAGAAUGACCGCCAGCAGAGCCACGUGAUGGACAUCAUGGAGGACAGCUUCAACCGGCGUCCAACAUUAUGGAUGAGCUCUUCCAGGACCGCUUCUUUAACCGGGAGCCUUUCGACACUCAGUUCUUCUCACCCUUUGGCUCAUCCCACAGGGGCUCGCUCUUCUUCAACCCCAAGUCCCGCUUCGCCCGGAACAUCAUGCCUUUCCCCCUGUUCACAGACCUGAAUUACCAUGACAUGUUCCAGCCCUUCUUCGACAUGAU